AUAGCAUACAUACAAAUACAUCUAUCGUUUUUUAACAAAUUUUCAUAUCUACAAUUCUACUUGGCCACACAUGGACUCUCCAAGACACGUUCUGCUCUUCUUUUUCUUCUUCUUCCUUGUUCCCACAUGCUUCUCCAAUGAAUGUUUGUGUUCGAACCAAACCUCUUCUAAUUCUUAUUAUUAUUCAUCAUCAGCAUCAUCAUCAUCACUGCAAGAUGAGAUUGUAGAGCUUGCAAACAGGGCAAGCAUGUUUAAGUGGAUGAAGAGAAUAAGGAGGGAAAUACAUGAACACCCUGAGGUUGCAUAUGAAGAGUUCAACACAAGUGCUCUCAUAAGACAUGAGCUUGAUCAACUUGGUGUCUCUUACCAGUGGCCUGUGGCUAACACUGGUGUUGUUGCAAAGAUUGGUUCUGGGGAUCCUCCUUUUGUUGCUCUCCGAGCUGACAUGGAUGCUUUGCCUAUUCAGGAACUGGUUGAUUGGGAGCAUAAGAGCAAAGUUGAUGGCAAAAUGCAUGCUUGCGCGCACGAUGCACAUGUAGCUAUGCUCCUUGGAGCUGCAAAAAUAUUGCAAGAAAUGAAGGACAAAUUGCUGGCCACUGUGAUCCUAAUAUUCCAACCAGCUGAGGAAAGAGGCACAGGAGCAAGGGACAUUAUCGCCGAAAAGGUGCUGGAAGAUGUGGCAGCUGUUUUUGGCCUGCACCUGGUGCCGGAGUAUCCCUUAGGAGUUGUGGCGUCGCGGCCGGGAGAGUUCUUGGCCGGUUGUGGAAGCUUCAAAGCUAACAUAAAUGGAAAAGGCGGAGCUUGCCUCGAUCCUGUUUUGGCUGCUUCAACAUCAGUGAUUAGCUUGCAAAACAUCGUUUCAAGGGAGACAGAUCCUUUAGAUUCUCAGGUGCUUUCCGUGGCCAUGGUGAAUGCAGGAUCUUCCCUGGACAUAAUCCCCGAUUCAGCCACCAUUGGAGGCACUUACAGAGCAUUCAGCAGAAAGAGUUUCUAUUGGCUAAAGAAAAGGAUAGAAGAGGUAAUCAUAGCGCAGGCAGAAGUACACAGGUGCAGCGCGGAGGUUAUUUUCAACGGCGAUGAGCAUCCAACAAUCCCUCCGACGAGAAACGACGAGAGAAUAUAUGAAGUGGUUAGGGAAGUUUCAGGCAUGAUUGUAGGAAAGGAGAACACAGAAGUAGCACCGGUGUUCACCGGAAGUGAAGAUUUCGCGUUUUACUUGGAGAAGGUACCUGGAGCUUUCGUUCUGGUUGGAAUGAGAAAUGAUGAGACUGGAUCCAUUCACCCUGCUCAUAGUCCUUACUAUGUCGUCGACGAAGACGCGCUUCCGAUUGGUGCUGCAUUGCAUGCAGCAUUUGCUCUCUCCUUCCAUUCUUAUUCAACAAAUUCUUACAUUUGAUUCCAUUCAUUCUUACAGUGGCAGGGGAGGACUACUUUUGCUCAAAACAGAAAGAGUUUAAGGCUAACCUUUUUCAGUUGCUCUUCUAUUUGUAUAGUAUUUUAGUAAAAUUCAGUCCAUUUAUCAAUGAAUUAUAUGAUUACUUUCAUGUAAAUUUGCUUAUGAAAGAAAUGGAUAAAAUCAGAUUACUCUAUCAGAUGUUUUGUAUUUAUUAAGGACAAGAGGUGAUAGUUAUUAUUAUUUUCUUUUUUGUUCUUCAAAGUUUUAAAGGAGUAUCAGUUAUAAAGAA